AGAUUGCGAUUUCCAAGGACUUAAUCCGUGCCCAUUGCCCUCAGUCCAGGUUUGGGGGCCGACUUGUCGCAGGAGAGGGGACCGCAAGAUUGAAUCCAAUGUGGGGCGCCGGGGCGGUGGAUCUCCCGUAAGAGCGAUGAAAACAGCGCAGACGUUUUCCAUUGGGCGCCACCAAUGGACCCGCCAGAUACGGCAAACUUCUUGCCCAGCCAGAGCGCUCUCUCCGCCCAGCGCCAGGAGACGGCUGCGGCGUUGGUACUGGACAGGGGUGGCUGGGCUCGCCCGCCAGGGAAGGGCUAACUUUGCAGGCACAGCCACCAGGAUGGAGCCAGAGGCCGCGGGUAAACUACCGAGAACCCGGCACUUCCAAUCCCGGGCUCCUGGGCCCUGUGCUCUGGCCCCUAAACGGAACCGGCAUCUGCAGUGCCACGCCUUUCGGCGCCACCCAGCUGGCGGGGCGGGUCCCAGGCCGUCUCAAGCCGGGGAAUGCGAGGUAAUGAGAUGCUAAUGAGGCACAAAUAAAGCUUCCUCCGGCGGCACGCCCCACGCGGAAGCCCACACCCUGCCGAACUCCGUGGCCGGGCGGACCGCGAGCAGCCGGCAACCCGGCUCCCCCUCCGCUCCUCCACCACCUCCCCUUCCUCCGCCCCCGCCUGGCAGGAAGUGGCCCCUCGCCGCUCUAAAGACGCCGGCCUUCCUCCAGACUUUAUGAUCCAGAGUAUUUCACUUGGAGUGGAAGGGGAGAGCAGCUGUCUCUGGAGCAGAUCAGGACUGGGCUGGGAGAGAGGAGCAGAGCCAAUCAGGGGUGGGCCCCAGCUCCCUGGAGACACCAGCCUGCUUUCCUCUCCUCCCCUUCUCUUCCCUCCUUCUCUCCAGCAGUGACGUGCCUCUGCUCAGCUGCUUCCUUCCCCAGAAGCCCCAGGGGCCUCCAUGGCCUCACCCACCUCCACCAACCCAGCUCACGCCCACUUUGAGAGCUUCCUGCAGGCUCAGCUGUGUCAGAAUGUGCUGAGCAGCUUCCAGGGGCUAUGCCAGGCCCUGGGGCUGGAGCCUGGUGGGGGGCUGCCCCAGUACCAUAAGAUCAAGGCCCAGCUCAACUACUGGAGCGCCAAGUCGCUGUGGGCCAAGCUGGACAAGCGAGCAGGCCAGCCUGUCUACCAGCAGGGCCAGGCCUGCGCCAGCACCCAGUGCCUGGUGGUGGGCGCUGGACCUUGUGGUCUGCGGGCUGCUGUGGAGCUGGCACUGCUGGGGGCCCGUGUGGUGCUGGUGGAAAAGCGCACCAAGUUCUCUCGCCACAAUGUGCUCCACCUGUGGCCCUUCACCAUCCAUGACCUUCGGGGACUUGGCGCCAAGAAGUUCUAUGGGCGCUUUUGCACAGGCACCCUGGACCACAUCAGCAUCCGGCAGCUUCAGCUGCUUUUAUUGAAAGUGGCAUUACUGCUGGGCGUGGAAAUUCACUGGGGUGUCACUUUCACUGGCCUCCAGCCCCCUACCAAAAAGGGGAGUGGCUGGCGUGCCCAGCUCCAGCCCAAACCCCCCGCUCAGCUGGCCAACUAUGAAUUUGAUGUCCUUAUCUCAGCUGCUGGAGGAAAAUUUGUCCCUGAAGGCUUCACAGUGCGAGAAAUGCGUGGCAAACUGGCCAUUGGCAUCACGGCCAACUUUGUGAAUGGGCGCACAGUGGAAGAAGCACAGGUGCCAGAGAUCAGCGGUGUGGCCAGGAUCUACAACCAGAGCUUCUUCCAGAGCCUGCUCAAAGCCACAGGCAUUGAUCUGGAAAACAUUGUGUACUACAAGGACGACACCCACUACUUUGUGAUGACCGCCAAGAAGCAGUGCCUGCUGCGGCUCGGGGUGCUGCGUCAGGACUGGCCAGAGACCGACCGGCUGCUGGGCAGUGCCAAUGUGGUGCCCGAGGCUCUGCAUCGCUUUGCCCGGGCAGCUGCUGACUUUGCCACCCAUGGCAAGCUCGGGAAGCUGGAAUUUGCCCAGGAUGCCCAUGGGCGACCCGACGUCUCUGCUUUUGACUUCACAAGCAUGAUGCGGGCCGAGAGCGCUGCUCGUGUGCAGGAGAAGCAUGGUGCCUGCCUGCUGCUGGAGCUGGUGGGGGACUGCCUGGUGGAGCCCUUCUGGCCCCUGGGCACUGGAGUGGCCCGGGGCUUCUUGGCAGCCUUUGAUGCGGCCUGGAUGGUGAAGCGGUGGGCAGAGGGCGCUGGGCCCCUAGAAGUGUUGGCAGAGCGUGAGAGCCUAUACCAGCUCCUGUCACAGACUACCCCGGAAAACAUGCACCGCAACGUGGCCCAGUAUGGGCUGGACCCCGCCACCCGCUACCCCAACCUGAACCUUCGGAGUGUGUCCCCCAAUCAGGUGCGAGACCUGUAUGACGUGGUGGCCAAGGAGCCUGUGCAGAGGAGUGACCAGAGAGACUCAGGACAGCUGGCCACAGGGUCGGUGGGCGCCCAGGAGGACCUGCUACACUGGUGCCAGGAGCAGACUGCUGGGUAUCCUGGUGUCCAUGUCACCAACCUUUUGUCUUCCUGGGCCGAUGGGCUGGCUCUGUGUGCACUGGUGAACCGGCUGCGGCCUGGCCUACUGGAACCCGCAGAGCUGCAGGGGAUGGGGGCUCUGGAAGCAACUGCUUGGGCACUGAAGAUGGCAGAGCAUGAGCUGGGCAUCACACCUGUGUUGUCCGCACAGGCAGUGGUGGCCGGAAGUGACCCACUGGGCCUCAUCGCCUACCUCAGCCACUUUCACAGUGCCUUCAAGAACACACCCCAAAAUCCAGGUGACCGGGAAGGCCCUGUCAGCCAAGGCUUGCCAGGGACCUCCAGUGCUGUACUAUUCCUUGGCAAACUGCAGAGGACCCUGCAACGGACCCGAGCUAAGGAAAAUGGGGAGGAUGCAGGUGGCAAGAAGCCACGCUUGGAGGUAGAGGCUGAGACCCCGAGUACUGAGGAGCCACCUGUCCCAGAGCCUGCUGUACCCCUGACACCCCCAUCACACCACCAGGAGGCCAGUGCCGAGGACCUGUGUGCACUUUGUGGGGAACACCUUUAUAUCCUGGAACGAUUCUUUGCCGACGGCCGUUUCUACCACCGGAGCUGCUUCUGCUGCCAUAUCUGUGAGGCCACCCUGUGGCCAGGUAGCUACGGGCAGCACCCAGGAGAUGGACAUUUCUACUGCCUCCAGCACCUGCCCCAGCCAGGCCACAAAGAGGAUGCUGGCAGCGACAGAGGCCCUGAGAGUCAGGACCUCCCCACACCAGGUGAGGAUGACAUGACAUCCAGCCCCCCGACUCCCAUGGUCCCCCAGGAGGGGGCCAGUCCUGUUCCGAGCCCCAGCCAGCCCGCCCGUCGGCUGAUCCGCCUCUCCAGCCCAGAACGCCGGCGGUUGGCCUCCCUUAACCUGACUCCUGACCCCGACAUGGAGCCUCCACCCAAGCCCCCCCGCAGCUGCUCUGCCUUGGCCCACCAGGCCCUGGAGGGCAGCUUUGUGGGAUGGGGACUGCAAAUCCACAACCCUCAAGUUCUUAUGGCCAUGGAGAAAGGGGAAGAAGGGAGGCCCUCCUCCAGUGAAGAGGAAGAGGAGGAAGAGGAAGACGUGGCUUUGGAUUCAAACAUGGAACAGACUCUGCUGGCCUUCGCCAAGAACUCAGGCACCAUGGACAAGUACCCAACAUGGAAGCGGACCCUGCUGCGCCGGGCGAAGGAGGAGGAAAUGAAGAGGUUCUGCAAGGCCCAGGCCAUCCAGCGGCGACUCAAUGAGAUCGAGGCUGCUCUGAGGGAGCUGGAGGCCGAGGGCAUGAAGGUGGAGCUGGCCCUAAGGAACCAGAGCAGUUCCCCGGAACAGCAAAAGGCACUACGGCUAGAACAGUUGCUACACCUCGUUCAGAAGAAGAACAGCCUCGUGUCUGAGGAGGCUGAGCUCAUGAUCAUGGUACAGGAGCUGAACUUGGAGGACAAACAGUUGCAGCUGGACCAGGAACUACGAAGCUACUUAAACCGGGAAGAAAGCCUAAAGACAGCGGCUGAUCGGCAGACAGAGGACCAGAUCCUGAGGAAGCUGGUGGAUGUGGUGAACCAGCGAGAUGCCCUCAUUCGCUUCCAGGAGGCGCGUAGGCUCAGUGAGCUGGCCUCAGGGACGGGGACCCAGGGCUAGAAGAGGGUGGGCUGCCUGCCUUCUUCCCUUCAUGGCCACCUCACUCCAGGGCAGUGCCACCCUGCUCAUGUGGGCUGCUGGGGAGAGGGCAUCACUGUUUACAAUAAAAUGUUUCUGCCACAAAUGGCUUAGGCUGCCUGCA